AUGCUUAAUUCUGGAAAACCAACCGUGCUUGAUGAGCCUCUUGGCUCAGGAGCAGGUUCCUCACUUCCAUUGCCUGUACUCGUCUCUUCAGGAAUAUGCACACUAUUCGCCGUCUUCCUCUCGACCAUGUCAAUAUUUCUGCAUCUCAAGAACUAUAGGAAGCCUAUGCUUCAAAGGAUGGUUAUUCGGAUUAUGGUCAUGGUUCCUUUAUACGCCGUUUCGUCCCUUAUCUCUCUCUUUUCCCUGAACGCGGCCUUUGUAAUUGAUGCUAUUCGUGACAUAUAUGAGGCUUUCGUCAUUUAUUGCUUUUUCAAUCUUCUACUCGGUUAUCUCGGCGGAGAACGUUCCCUUCUUAUCCUUUUGCAUGGGCGCGAACCAAAACACACGGUAUUUCCGAUUAGUCUCUUCAAGAGGGAGAUAGACGUCAGUGAUCCCUAUGUAUUCCUCUUUCUCAAGAGGGGCAUUAUCCAAUACGUCGAGGUGAAACCCGUACUCGCUGCCGCUACUCUCAUCUUGAAAGCUGCUGGCAAAUACAAUGAAGGUCAUUUCCGGGCCGACUCUGGAUAUCUGUACAUCAGCAUUGUGUAUAAUGUUAGCAUAUGCCUCAGCUUAUAUUGUCUUGCGAUGUUUUGGGUGGUUGUAAACGAUGACCUUAAGCCAUUUCGACCCAUGCCCAAGUUCCUCUGUAUCAAAGGCAUCCUAUUCUUCUCCUUCUGGCAGGCCAUCUUCAUUUCCAUCCUUGUCAGCGCUGGGGCCAUCCAGAAACUUGGGCCGUACACGGAUCAAGAACAUAUAUCUCUUGGUCUCACCGAUACUCUCAUUUGCUUUGAAAUGCCGUUGUUUGCCAUCGCGCACAUGUAUGCGUUCUCGCAUACAGAUUACAUUGACCGUGACCUUAUGUACGCGGCACGUAUGCCAAUGUACUAUGCCUUCCGAGAUGCAUUUGGCUUGAAGGAUGUUGUGGAAGAUGCCAAGACGACGUUGAGGGGUGAGGGGAUGGAUUAUAGGGAAUUUGAGCCGGCAGAGGGGUUCAUUCAUCAAGGCAGUGGGCGAGACAGGCGAAUAAAGGCUGGACUGCGCUACGCACAAGGAGGACAAAAGAAAUACUGGUUACCGAUGCCAGCAGACGUGACGGAGCGCGAUGGAACUUCCAGUCGAGCUAGACAUGUCGGCGUUCAAGAAGAUGAUGAAGAGGUCUACGCUCCUCUUUUGGAGGACCAGGCUGCUGACGUGGUCCAUGAGGCUAGCAACACACGCAGAGAGAAGGCAAUGAUAGAACACCGAGGCUUUGAGCUUCCUUUCGGUGAUCCAGAUCCUGAGGAAGAAAUGCUGUACGAGCAGAGUCGGAAAUAUCUGUUUGGCGACUAUAUGUACCCAUGCAUCGAUGCGAGCUCCGAAAUUGCUCGCAAA